GACUCAUAAUUAUAAAUGUUAGUUUAGUUCUCUCAAAAGACUAAAUUUCAAAAGCUCUAAUUGAUGCUACAGAGAAGCUGUUACUUGCCUGGUUUGGCUCCAUAAUGUUGAUGGAAGGAGGCGGUGGCCCCAUGGUCCCGACCAGUUCUGCAGUGCCCAACAGACCUGAUGGGGUGCAGGGUGGACUAGCUGCUGCUGGCGGUGGUGCGCAACCCAGAGCAGCAGCAGACCUUGAGAAGCUCAAGCUCAUCCAGCAGCAGCUGGUGCUGCUCCUGCAUGCUCACAAGUGCCAGAACAAGGAGCAGAGUAAUGGAGACGUCAAACAG